AAAAGAACCUUAAACAGUUCCCCACGUAAUCGUUGUCGAAAUGUCAGGCCAAACUAUUAUUAUAUUGGUCCAUCCAUAAUCCAUUUCAUCAAGAGCAGGGAGUCCUUUCUGAAGACGACUAUGGCGACGGUGAGGAGCAUCGGGGUAGUCGGCGCAGGCCAAAUGGGCUCUGGAAUUGCCCAACUGGCCGCCGUGAACGGUGUCGACGUUUGCCUUUACGAUACCGAAGCGGAAGCUCUUAACAGAGCCCAAAAAUCCAUCUCUAGUAACAUUCAACGCCUCGUCUCAAAAGCUCUACUUUCUGAGGAACGAGGUGGUGAUGCAAUCAGGCGUCUAAAAUGUUCACAGAAUUUGGAAGAUUUCCAGUCUGUGGAUAUUGUUAUUGAGGCUAUUGUGGAGUCUGAAUCUGUGAAGAAAAAGCUGUUUGUUGAUUUAGACAAGAUUGUGAAGAGCUCUGCAAUCUUGGCUUCUAACACAAGCUCUAUCUCCAUUACCCGUUUGGCAUCUGCAACUAAUCGUCCUACACAGGUGAUUGGCAUGCAUUUUAUGAAUCCUCCUCCCAUUAUGAAACUGGUUGAAAUUAUCAGGGGUGCAGAUACAUCGGAUGAGACAUAUAAUGUAACAAAGAGCUUGGCAGAAAGGUUUGGCAAGGCAGUUGUUUGCUCUCAGGAUUACGCUGGCUUUAUUGUGAAUCGAAUCUUGAUGCCAAUGAUAAACGAAGCAUUUUAUACACUCUACAAUGGAGUCGCGGCUAAGGAAGACAUUGAUGCAGGAAUGAAAUUUGGAACGAACCAUCCAAUGGGUCCUCUGGAACUCGCAGAUUUUAUCGGGUUGGAUGUUUGCUUGGCAAUUUUGAAAGUCCUCCAUGGCGGCCUGGGGGACACUAAAUAUGCUCCAUGCCCUCUCCUUGUGCAGUAUGUUGAUGCAGGCAGACUUGGCAGAAAACGUGGCAUUGGUGUGUAUGAUUACCGGAAUGCAACCGGUAGCACAAACCCUUCAUCACGACUUUGAACUCUUGGGGUGCAUUUGCUUCAAAUGUUCAAUUUCGCAUCCUGGCUUAGAAAUAAAGAAUUUGUGGAGCUAGAAUGAAAUUUGCAGAAAGUGUGGCAAAAAAUAAAUCAUUCAUGCCCUUGGAAUUUGAUGUAGACUUGUAAAUACUUUUAUAAACUCUACAAGGGGUAUUUGAUUCAAAUUUUUAGAAAGUCUUUAAAAUCAAUUUAGACUUUUAAGAAUUUUAAAAAAUUUAUUGGU